AUGGGAUCUUUCGCUGGACAUGCAGUUCCAGGGACACUGUUUCUUAUGGUUGGAGCAUGGCAUAUAUGGUGCACAGUGGUUCGUUAUGCAGCAGACCCAAAAUCAUUUCGUGUAAGAAUGUGGAACCCUGUUCCAGGUUUUAAUGGGAAAUUAAAGUACUUAGAGCUCUAUGUUAUAGCAGUCGGAGCUUUUAUUGAUAUGUGUAUAGAGCUUUUAUAUUCAACCCACCUUAAGUUCUUUGUUAAUGGUGUCUUGAACCCACAUCACAUGAAUGACUUUGAACAUGGAGGCAUGCUUCUCAUGUUCUUCCUCUUCAGUAUUGUUGCUUUGCUCUCUGAAAAAACCAGCUUCCUGCCUUUACCAGAAGGCGCCCUGUGCUUAAUAUCAGCAGCAGCAUUCUGUGCAGAGUACCUUUUAUUCUUCUUCCAUUCAACAACACACAAAGGGCUAGAAGGGGCCAUAAUGCCCACAAGCUUUCCUGCUGAUCUGUGUGGUGGCAUUGCUGUGACACUUCAAGGGCUAUGGUUUUAUCAGACUGCAUUCACACUCUAUGGGCCCAUGAUGCCAGCUGGCUGUAAGCUUGAAGCAAAUGAGGUCUCAUGUUUGCAUCAUGAUCAUGAGGUUCGUGGACAGGUGUUGGCUAAUUUGCAGAUGUUUGGGCUUGUUUUUUUGGUUCUUUCUGUUAUAAUGGGGGUGUUAGAGUUUUGUCUUUUUUGGAGUAGCAGAGUGCUUGGCAUAAGAUGGAGGUAG